AUGUCGCACGACAAAGAGGCUCAGAUCCAGCAGCUUCUUGUGAAGGCAGCAAUGCGAAGGAUGAAGGCCGCUGUUCCUCCAAAGGAGUCGAAAGGCAGGGACCAACGGGAUUUGAAGAUGAUCGCAGGUGAAAAUGACACCUUCAUCGAAUUGGACCUGGAGGACUCUCAAGUCACAAUCCCAGGGGGAGAUGAAGAAGCGCAAGCAAUGGCUAGCGCUGCAUAUCGAGAACUCAAGGCCAUGGAGGAGGCAAAUCCUCAAGGCCGACCUGUGGCAACACCUUUGACUGUCUCUGCGGUUCAACCAGCGAUGGAGCGCAGGGACACUCUGGCCUAUGUGGAGGAUACGGAGGGGUUGCAGCGUCUUGGGCACAUCCCUUCAAAAGAAAGUUUGGAAGAGCCAAAGAAAGGAAGAAAGAGGAAGGGAACAGAAGCAAAAGAGAAGGAGGUGGAGAAGAGGGGAAAGCAAGAAGAAGCAAACGGGCAGGGGCAGGCUGCUGCGACAUCAUCAGCUGAAGCAGGGAAGGUGGAGGCAGCAGCUGCAAAUGAAGACAAGUUUGAGACCCAGGAGAGCCAAAUGUCGGUUGGAGCAAUAUUGAAUCGCCCAUCAAGCCAAGAGUUUAUGGACUUUACGAGCGGUGGUAUGGAUAUCGAAGACUUUGAGAAGAUGUUUGAGGAGUCUGAGUCCGGGAAGGGCAAGAAGGAUGACGAGAAGAAAGCAGGCAAGACGACCGGCAAGCAGGAGGCUGAGCAGAAAGAGGAUGAGAAGAGCAGCAAGGAGGCUGAGGGCAAGGAAGAGAGAAACAAGACCAGCAGGACGGCUCAGAAGAAGGAAGAGGAAACGAAGGCCAGAAAGAAGGCUCAGAAGGAAGAGGAAAAGAAGACCAACGAGAAGGCUAAGGAGAAGGAGGAAAAGAAGACCAGCAAGAAGGCUCAGAAGAAGGAAGUUGAAAAUAUGACCAACGAGAAGGCUGAGGAGAAGGAUGAAAAGAAUACCAGCAAGAAGGACAAUAAGAAGGAAGUGGAAAAUAACACCAAUGAGAAGGCUGAGGAGAAGGAGGAAAAGAAGACCUCGAAGGCUCAGAAGAAGGAAGAGGAAAAGGCGACCAACGAGAAGAUUUCGAAGAAAUCGGACGAGAAGCCUGAGGACAAGAAAGCUGGCGAGAUCCACAAGGUCAAGGCUGAGGAUGCUGAAAAGACAGGUGAGGGCGAAGAGGAUCAAGCUAAACUCCGUAUGAAAGCUGCCCAUGCCCGAAGGAUGCGCUUUUUCCGGAGCCUGACCAGUCUGCAGCUCACUUGUCUUUGCAAUCUUAAAACGCAGAAGCUCCAGGUGCUAUACGAACAAUGGAUUGGAGCGACUGAGAAAUGGUCCGCGUCACAACUAGUGGUUCGCAUGAGGAAUCGGAAGCUUUCAAAGAAGGUUGGAGGACGACGGUUCAUGACUGAGCGCGAGAUCAUUCAAAGAUACGGAGAGGAAGUUGCAGCAGACAUUAUCGCCAACAAGGAGUCGAAGCACAAGGAAGACCCAGAGGCGGGCCUGGUGAAGGCCCAUCCAGAGUCUGAGAAGCUAAAGUUGUACCUUUGCUGGGACCAAGAAUAUGAACAAGAGGAGGAAGACAACCUCAUCGAAAUGAUGUACGAGGAUUUUGAUGGGGAUAUGGAUGAUUUUGGCAACAAGACAGAGUCCAGCGACAAGGGCAAGGGCAAGCGGGUAGCCAAGAGUCCUGCCAAAAAGGAUAGCGGAAAGAGAAAGAAAUCGUCAUCUUCCUCAUCUGGACCACCGUCAUCAAGCUCAGCAGGAAGUUCGUCAGAUGCAUCAAGCUCUUCUGACAGUGACUCAAGCUCUUCUACAGAUUCCUCGGAGAGCGACAAGAAGAAGAAAAAGAAGAAAGCGCGCAAGGCAAAUAAGAAGGACCGCAAAAAGAAUUCAAAGAAGGACAAGAAGCAAGCGAAGAAGAAUAAGAAGGGAGUGAAAAAGGAGAAGGAUGCAAAAUCGAAAAAGAAAAACAAGAAGGCUGAGAAGGAGAAGGAAGAGAAAGAAAAGGAAAAGGAGAGGGUGAGAGCUGAGAAGGAAGCAGAGAAGGAGGAGAAGAAGAAGGAAGAAAAAAGAAAGCAAGAGAUUCGAUCCAAGUGCAAGAAGUCCUUGGCCCAAUGCACGGGCUGCAUUGCCGACAUUGCCAAGCGUGAAUCGAAGGCAGAGUCAUUGUCACCAGCCAUCAAGGCUGCGAUCCCGGAAUGCCUGAACCAGCACAAGCAGACUUUAAAGAAGUCCCGGGAGGCUUGCCAAGCAGUUCUUGACGCUGAUGAGGACACGAUACCGAUCAAAGCGCGCAUUAAGGACCGGAAGUCCGACACUGGAUACACCGUAGACACUUUACAAGUGCUCUGCCCACUGUCUUUUGUGCGAUACUUGUGGAACGAUAUAGGCGUGAAUGUCUCUCCUGACACAGUCAAGGAAUUUUGGAGGCACAACCGAUCUGUUGGAGCACCUUGGGCGGUAUGCCACCCAGCCACCGACGAACAUGUGCCAUUGGCAGUGUACGGAGACAGUUGCAAAGUCAGAUCGAUUAGCUAUCAAGCACCCGAGAAGAUUGUGGGUGUGUUUCUGUCGUGCCCAUUGUGGAAACCGCGCAGUGUUCGAGCAAGCCGCUGGUUGUUAUUCUCUAUUGAGGAAUCACGGCUGUACCAACACCAAACGAUAGAUCGAGUUCUCGCAUAUGUCACUUGGGCAUUGAACUGCUUGUUCACAGGCCGAUGGCCGCAUUGUGGUAUGAACGGAGAAGAGUUCGAACACGGCAGUCCACAGGCACAGCGAGCAGGCCAAUGGAUCAUCAGUGACCGCAGAUUGCAGUUUGCCCUUACAGAACUUCGAGGUGAUUGGCUGUGGUACCAGGGCUUGUUCCGACUGAGAUCCAGUUGGAAAUCUGGGACCAAUUUUCCUCUCUGCUAUUUAUGCCCCGCUAUGAGUCGAGGGCCUGACCGCUACUACGAUGUGAAAGAGGGAAGCGUCCUUUGGACCAAAGAGCUUUCUUUUCCCGAAUUUCUAGUCAAGCAAAUACCGCAGAACAAGGCCUCACCCCUACUCGCAGCCAAAGGUUUUCACCACACUAUGUUGCGCCACUGUUCGAUGCAUGUCCUAAACCUUGGACUCUUAUAUGGAGCCAACGGAUCCUGCUUGAUGUGCCUCAUUGAAGAUGGCUUUUUCCUGCCUGUUGGGAAUGAUUCCCUCCAGAGCCGCCUGGAUGUUGCAUAUCAAGAUUUCCGGGCAUGGUGCCACGCCAACCGCAUCAACUGCUCACAGCCACCUUUCACUGUCAAACUGGUCCUGAAGAAGGGCCAGGAAGUGCUUCUCACAGCGAAGGCAUACAACAACAGGGUCAUUUGCUCAUGGCUUGCACAUGUCUUGGACCGAGCGCAGAGCAUUCCUGGCUGUGACGAUCGAAUCCCUUGUAUGUUCACUGCCAUGAUGCUUGGCUGCAAUGUGCAUUUCAAGCGUCCUGCACGCCGUAACAUCCGCGCUGGACCCUAUCGAUGUGUCGAGUCAGGAACGCCAUGUCACGCUUCUUCCUCCUAUCAGAGACCUAUCCGCGGUUUUUGA